CUAGCAUCACGGCUGCAGGCUUCUGCUCAGUUUGGAGUUACUAGCGUCACCUCAACUGUAUGCCUGCUUGAAGGUGGUUUAAAAACAGGGGCACAGCAGCACAAGGAGUCUGCAUGUCUGCAUAGACAUGCUCAGCUUUGUGGAUACUCGGAUUCUGUUGCUGCUUGCAGUAACUUCAUACCUAGCAACAUGUCAAUUGCUUUUCCUGCUGCAGGGCCCCCGAGGAGACAAAGGACCUCGAGGUGACCGGGGUCCCCAGGGACCUAAUGGAAAAGAUGGAAAACCCGGACUCCCCGGCCCCGCUGGCCCCCCUGGUCCCCCUGGACUUGGAGGAAACUUUGCUGCUCAGUAUGAUGGCGUUAAGGCUCCUGAUCCCGGUCCUGGACCCAUGGGUAUGAUGGGAAACAGAGGCCCUCCCGGACCUCCUGGACCCCCUGGUCCUCAGGGACACACCGGACACCCUGGUGAGCCCGGAGAGCCCGGACAGACUGGACCCGUUGGUCCUCGUGGCCCCCCUGGACCUCCUGGCAAAGUUGGAGAGGACGGUAACAAUGGCAGACCUGGCAAGCCCGGAGACAGAGGUGUCCCCGGUUCUCAGGGUGCUCGUGGAUUCCCCGGAACCCCUGGACUUCCUGGAAUGAAGGGACACAGAGGUUACAAUGGCUUGGAUGGACGCAAGGGAGAGGCCGGUUCCGCUGGAGCCAAGGGUGAGUCCGGUGCCCAUGGAGCUGCUGGAAGACCCGGACUGGUUGGACCUCGCGGUCUGUCUGGUGAGAGAGGUCGUGCUGGCCCUGCUGGCCCUGCUGGUGCUCGGGGUGCCGAUGGCAACACCGGACCCGCUGGUGCUGCUGGACCCGUUGGUGCUGCCGGUGCCCCAGGCUUCCCCGGCGGUCCCGGACCCAAGGGAGAGGUUGGAGCUGCUGGUGCCUCCGGUCCCUCUGGACCUCAGGGAGCAAGAGGAGAGCCUGGUGCCAAUGGUGCUGUUGGCCCCGUCGGUCCCGUUGGUAACCCUGGUGCUAAUGGCCUCAAUGGAGCCAAGGGAGCUACUGGUACCGCUGGUGCUGCUGGAGCCCCUGGUUUCCCUGGACCUAGAGGAGGACCUGGACCUCAGGGACCUCAGGGUGCCGCUGGUCCCAGAGGCUUGGCUGGAGAUCCUGGUGUUCAGGGUGUGAAGGGAGAUGUUGGUGCCAAGGGCGAGCCUGGCAGCGCCGGACCACAGGGAGCCUCUGGUUCUCAGGGUGAGGAGGGCAAACGUGGACCCACUGGCGAGGUUGGUGCCAGCGGCCCUGCUGGUGCCCGUGGAUCCAGAGGCUCUCCCGGUAGCCGUGGAAUGCCCGGUGUUGAGGGACGAGUCGGCCCAAUUGGCAUGCCUGGUGCUCGUGGUGCCAGUGGUUCUGCCGGAUCUCGCGGAGCCCCUGGAGAUGCUGGCCGUGCUGGUGAGCCCGGACCUGCUGGUCUUAGGGGUCUGCCAGGAAGCCCAGGAAGCUCUGGACCCACAGGAAAAGAGGGACCUUCUGGUCCUGCUGGACAAGAUGGCCGCACCGGUCCUCCCGGCCCAACUGGACCAAGAGGCCAGCCCGGAAACAUCGGCUUCCCUGGACCCAAGGGAGCUGCUGGUGAGCCCGGCAAACCUGGAGACAAGGGAGCUACCGGAGCGACUGGACUGAGAGGCGUCCCUGGACCUGAUGGCAACAAUGGAGCUACUGGCCCCAUGGGAGUUACUGGCGGUCCUGGUGAGAAGGGAGAGCAAGGACCAUCUGGAGCUCCUGGUUUCCAGGGUCUGUCUGGUCCCGCUGGUGGUGCUGGAGAGGCUGGCAAGCCCGGAGACAGAGGUAUCCCCGGAGACCAAGGAGUCGCUGGACCCGCUGGUGCCAAAGGCGAGCGCGGUAACCCCGGUGCUGCUGGAUCUUCUGGACCUCAGGGACCUAUGGGAGCACGUGGACCUGCUGGAGCUCCUGGUGCUGAUGGUGGCAAGGGAGAGCCUGGCGUUGCUGGACUUGCUGGUGGCCCUGGACACCAAGGAGCUGGUGGCAUGCCCGGAGAACGUGGAGCUGCUGGUCCCCCCGGAGUCAAGGGAGAGAAGGGAGAGGCUGGACACAAAGGACCCGACGGCAAUCACGGCAGAGAUGGUGCCCGUGGUCCCCAAGGACCCAUUGGACCUCCUGGACCCACGGGAGCCAAUGGUGACAAGGGUGAGUCUGGAUCCUUCGGACCCUCUGGCCCAGCUGGAGUCCGUGGUGCCCCUGGCGAGCGUGGAGAGGUUGGACCUGCUGGAGCCCCUGGAUUCGCUGGACCCCCUGGCGCUAACGGUCAGACCGGAGCAAGAGGAGAGCGUGGACCUGCUGGAGGAAAGGGAGAUGUUGGCCCCUCUGGCCCUGCUGGCCCCGCUGGACAAUCUGGACCUUCUGGUCCUUCCGGACCUAGUGGACCCACUGGUGGCCGUGGAGACAAUGGUCCUCCCGGUCUGGCUGGUUUCCCUGGACCUGCUGGCAGAGCUGGACCUGCUGGACCUGCUGGUAUUGUCGGCCCCCCUGGCCCUGCUGGUCCCGCUGGUAAGGAUGGUCCUCGUGGUCUCCGUGGCGACCCAGGUCCCGCUGGUCAAAGCGGAGAGCAGGGUAUGGUCGGAGCUCCCGGUCCUGCUGGAGAGAAGGGUUCUUCCGGAGAGUCGGGUCCUGCUGGUGCUCCUGGUCCUUCUGGAACAUCUGGACCUCUUGGACUUCAAGGAUUUGUUGGUCUUCCUGGAGCUAGAGGAGAUCGUGGUACUCCUGGCGGUCCCGGUGGUGUUGGAGAGCCUGGUAGAGUUGGACCUGCUGGUGCCGCUGGACCUCGUGGUGCCCCUGGCAACAUUGGCAUGCCUGGUAUGACCGGACCUCAAGGAGAGGCUGGACGUGAGGGUAGUUCUGGUAACGAUGGACCUCCUGGUCGUCCUGGUGCUCCUGGACUCAAGGGAGAUCGUGGUGACCCUGGUCCCGCUGGUGCCCUCGGACUGGCUGGUGCUCCCGGACCUGCUGGACCAAGUGGAGCCUCUGGAAGACCUGGAAACCGUGGAGAUGCUGGCCACUCAGGCCAUGCUGGAGCUGCUGGAGCCGCUGGAGCCAGAGGUGCUGCUGGACCCGCUGGUGUCCGUGGAGAGAAGGGCGUUGGUGGAGACAGAGGAGACAGAGGAAUGAAGGGUCUUCGUGGACACCCUGGUCUCCAGGGAAUUCAAGGACCUUCUGGAGCCCCUGGUGACACCGGAGCUGCUGGUCCUAAUGGACAAUCUGGACCUAGAGGCCCUGCCGGACCCCACGGACCCCCUGGUAAGGAUGGUAGAGCUGGUGCCCAUGGUAGCAUUGGCCCUGCUGGUCCUCGUGGACCCCCUGGACACAUCGGCCCUGUUGGUCCCGUUGGACCUGCUGGUCUGCCUGGACCUGCUGGCCCUGCUGGUGGCGGAUAUGAUCUUUCCGGCUAUGAUGAGUACAGAGCUGAUCAGCCCGCCAUGAGAGCUAAGGAUUACGAAGUCGACGCCACCAUCAAGUCCCUGAACACUCAGAUCGAGAACCUGCUCACCCCUGAGGGAUCCAGGAAGAACCCCGCCCGCACUUGCCGCGACAUCAAGCUGGGCCACCCCGAAUGGACCAACGGAUUUUACUGGAUCGACCCUAACCAGGGUUGCAUCAACGAUGCCAUCAAGGUUUUCUGUAACUUCGACUCCCGUGAGACUUGCAUCCAUGCCCACCCCGAGAGCAUCGCCAAGAAGAACUGGUACAGAAGCACGGAGAGCAUGAAGCACGUGUGGUUCGGAGAGACCAUCAACGGCGGUACCGAGUUCACCUACAACGACGAGACCCUCAGCCCACAGAGCAUGGCCACCCAGCUGGCUUUCAUGCGCCUGCUGUCCAACCAUGCUAGCCAGAACAUCACCUACCACUGCAAGAACAGCGUCGCCUACAUGGACGCCGAGACCGGCAACCUGAAGAAAGCCGUGGUUCUUGGCGGCUCCAACGAUGUGGAGCUGAGGGCCGAGGGCAACAGCCGCUUCACUUUCUCCAUUCUGGAGGACGGUUGCACUAGACACACUGGUGAGUGGAGCAAGACAGUGAUUGAGUACAGAACGAAUAAACCAUCUCGCCUGCCCAUCCUCGACAUUGCACCUUUGGACAUUGGUGGAGCUGAUCAGGAGUUUGGUUUGGACAUUGGCCCAGUCUGUUUCAAAUAAGUAGACUCAUGAUAAAUUAACACCCCAAAAGAGAGAAAGAACGAAAAAAAAAGAAAUCUCUGCCCUUUCUUUUCGUGUUUUUGUUUUUUUUAAAUGCUGAUUUCUCACUGCGCAUCCACUUGCUUAAGAUGGGCAACUAUCGGAGAGGACUGAACGGACUGAAAGGAGCGAUCGUGCAAUGCAAAUGAAUACAGCAACCCAAAGGGACGCGGGAAAACACCUUGUUGUGGGACAUCAUGUCAUCCUUUUGUAAAAAAUCAAAGAAGUGUAAUAAAAACGCUGAAAGUA